AUGGCCAAGGAAGCUCCCGCCAAAUCCGGUCUGACCGUCGGUCUGAACCACGGCCACAAAACAACCCCCCGUGUCGUCAAGCCCCGUGUCUCCCGUACCAAGGGCCACCUGAGCAAGCGCACUGCUUUCGUCCGCGAGGUCGUCAAGGAGGUUGCUGGUCUUGCUCCUUAUGAGCGCCGCGUCAUCGAACUGCUCCGCAACUCCAAGGACAAGCGUGCCCGUAAGCUCGCCAAGAAGAGACUCGGUACCUUUGGCCGUGCCAAGAAGAAGGUUGAUGAGCUCCAGCGUGUCAUCGCCGAGUCUCGUCGCGCCCACUAA